AUGCUCGUCGCCGCUCUCGCGCUCGUCCUGGGCGCCCUGACGUCCACCGUCGCCGCCGUCCACGAAGAUGCGCUCCCCUCGUAUACCUACGGCGCGCCAAUCCACGUCGAGUGCAUGAACCGAAGCUCGGAAACGGGCGAGCACCUCGAAAACGACAACCACGAGAUCCAAUGGAUCCCCUUCCCGACGUGCAACGAGACCGGCAAGCCCCUCGAGUUCCACUACGGCACCGAGGGCGAGGUCAACUGCACCAUCGACUUCGUCACCGACCCCUUCUUCCACCUGCUCGAGUUCUACAUCCACAGCGACGCGCCCCUGGCCUGCCGCCUGCCCUCGCGCCCAAAAUCCCACGUCGAGAUCAUCGGCGAGGCGCCCCCCGAGCAGGAGUUCAUCCCCCUCGUCUUCGCCCUCGCGGGGACCCUGCAGCUGAGCCACAUGCACAUCAGCACCCACCUCAACGUCCUCCUGCACAGCACGCCCAAGCACCACAUACGCCCCCACGACAGCGGCGUCCUCGACUCGGGCGUCGCGUACAGCACCAGCCCGCUGAGCCACAUGGCCGGCUCCUUCACGCGGAAGCUGGUCAUCGGGGACCCCCUACCGCUCAGCUUCUCUGUUAGGUGGUUCCCCACGCCGCACCUGCCCAAGACCGAGGGGCGCGUCGAGUGGCAGGGCUUGGGCGGGCACAUCUACGCCAGCACCGUCUUCUACAGUCUUGUUUCUUUCCUGGCCGGGUCCGUCGCCGCGGGCUUGUACACCCUCGGGGUCGUCCUGCCCAGGAGGCUGCAGGGUCGCGCGAUGGGCGGCGCGACGCCGUUGGGCCAUGGCUUGCAUAGUCCUGCGCUAGGCAACGGCUGGGGGUACGCAAAGUCUAAGCGGAUGGAUUAA